UCGGUGUGACUUAGCAAAAGUAGUGAAACAGGCAAAAGUGCAGCAUCCAUUAAACAAUAUGCUGUCUAGAAGUAUUCUCAGCUGGUUAGUGCUACUGACCCUAGCUACUGUUACCAGGAGUGAGCACUAUCGUAUUGUGCCAGUGGAUUCAACCGACUCGUGUAAUGAAUAUCGAAAUGGAACUUGUUUCACUCUCGAGCAGUUUGUUCAAACAGACCUGUUAUCUGGUGGAGACAAUCUCACCUUGAGCUUUCUACCUGGAGAUCAUGUGUUAACUGAGCAGUUAUUGAUUCGUAACUUCUCACAUGUGCAAAUCACUGGCCAGAACACAAGUACAACUGUAGUUGGAUUCCAUAGCAACGGUACGACACGUUUUGUUAGUAUUACCAAAUUGAACAUUGACCGCUUGGGUUUCGUUGGAGCGAAUGUUGAACCACAGAACUCACAUCAAGGAUUGACCAUUGACGAUUCUCGCGAUGUUUACAUCAAAGACUGCUACUUCUCGGACUUUGAAAACCACCUCGUUAAAAUUACUAAUACUCAAACUGAAACAAUUGAAAGAACUCUUUUUAACAAUAAUACUGGACAGGCCCUGCACAUUGAGGCUGAUAAUGUGUACAUAACAGAUAGUGUGUUCACUAGAAAUGAUGGAGGUGCAGUUUACAUUCAAUCAAACAACGCACUGAUCAACAACACGGAGUUCAACUAUAACAGUGCUGAGAGCGGAGGAGCAAUAGAAGUGGUAUCUGGUACUGUAGUGAUCACUUGGUGUAACUUCACAAAUAACAAAGCUGUGCAGUUAGGUGGAGCCAUUCAUGUUGACUCAGGUAGUGUGUCCAUCUCCAACAGUGAGCUGACAAACAACAGUGCUGACUUUGGUGGAGCGAUUAGUGUUGGCUCAGGUAGUGUGUCCAUCUCCAACAGUGAGCUGACAAACAACAGUGCUUACGAUGGUGGAGCGAUUGGUGUUGUUUACUCAGGCAGUGUGUCCAUCUCCAACAGUGAGCUGACACACAACAGAGCUGGCUUUGGUGGUGGAGCGAUUAAUGUUGUUAUCUCAGGCAGUGUAUCCAUCUCCAACAGUGAGCUGACACACAACAGUGCUAACUAUGGUGGAGCGAUUAGUGUUAUCUCAGGUAGCAGUGUAUCCAUCUCCAACAGUGAGCUGACACACAACAGUGCUGUCUAUGAUGGUGGAGCGAUUGUUGUUUUCUCAGGUAGUGUGUCCAUCUCCAACAGUACGCUGACACACAACAGAGCUAAUAAAGGUGGGGUAAUUGAUGUCUUGCAAUCUUCCACCUUGAUCAUCAACAACACUGACAUUAUUACUAAUAACAUGGCCAGUUUGAACAUUUCGCAAUCAAACGUAACAUUCACUGGAAUGAAUAUUGUCAGUAACAAUGGUCGUCCCAUUUAUGCUUUCAAUAGUCGAAUCGAGUUUAACGGACCUACAACACUCAGUAACAAUCAUGGUGUGUUUGGUGGAGCUAUCAGCGCUGACCAGAGUCAAAUAUAUAUUAACACAGAAGGAGUUAUCAUCACCAACAACACAGCUACCUCUGGAGGAGGGAUAUUUCUGAGAGAGAGUACACUCUUUGUAAAUGUGCCAAUAAAGAUCUAUCACAACACAGCACAGGAUGGUGGGGGGAUUUAUGCAUAUUCCAGUAGAGUUGAGUUCCAAUCAGUGCAGACGGAAUAUGCAGAUUUUAGGCCACUUCCUCCAAAUAUACAGAGUGAUAAACAGAGUGAGAUUGCUCACAACAUUGCUGAGAAUGGUGGAGGUAUACAUGCAGUAUCUUCAACUAUUAAACUAACUCAAUCACAUGUCAACAUUGACUCAAACACAGCUAACACAAGUGGAGGUGGAGUGUAUCUACAGCAAAGUUCGAAACUGUACCUAUUUAAAACGAUUGGAGAAAGGACUCUGCGAUAUGUUAAGCUAAUGAUUAACAACAACUUGGCUCAGUACGGAGGGGGGAUAUUUGUGGCAGAUAAUACCCAGAGGAGCGAAUGUGGAGGAGGAGUCACAGAAUAUGAUGCAACUCGAACUAUUUUUGCUGGCUGCUUCAUUCAAACAAUUAAACUGUAUGAGUUCGGCUAUUCUGAUCCAAACUAUUUCAACACAUUCAUGACUAACAACACGGCUACCCAGUCAGGAGCAAACAUCUACGGAGGUUUGUUGGACAGGUGUACAGUAAGUCAAAAUGUUGAAUAUAAAUCUUCAAACGGAUUGGACUACAUAAAAAAAACUGUCAAAUCCUCCAUCGAGCCACUAUCAAUCUCCUCUAGGCCUGUUCAAGUAAUUUUGUGCAACUAUUCACAAUACGACUAUGGUUCUACAAAAAAAGGACACACAUUUACAAUCAGUGUUAUGGCUGUUGACCAAGUUGGAAAUCCAAUGAAUGCCACAAUUCACAGUUCUGUUGUCAGUGAGAGUGGAGUUGGUCGUCUUAAAGAAGGACAGGCUGAACAGAAAGUUGGCAAUCAGUGCACAGAAUUAGAGUACAAUGUAUUCUCACAAGACAGCUUUGCUCAGGUGGAACUCUAUGCUGAGGGUCCAUGCACCAACUUGGGAAUUUCAACACAAAUUAUUAAUAUUUCUUUUCAACACUGCACAUGCCCUAGUGGACUCAAGCCAAUUCAGUCCGAUAUUGAGUGCAAGUGUGACUGUGAUCCAGACUUGCAACAAUAUCAGAUAACAAACUGUUCUGAGGAAAAUGGAACCAUUAAGCUGGAAAGUAAUAACAACAUAUGGAUAGAAUUUAUAAAUACUACCAACAAAACAGGGUAUGUCGUUAGUAACUGUACAUUUGACUAUUGUGUAGAAAAACCAGUCAACAUCAGUCUAAGCAACCCUGACGAACAAUGUGCCUACAAUCGAAGUGGUGUCUUGUGUGGAGAUUGUGAACCAGGACACAGUCUUGUUUUGGGUACGUCCAACUGUAAGGAAUGCUCUAAUCUUUACCUUCUUCUACUAAUACCAUUUGCGCUGGCAGGCAUAUUGCUAGUUGCUUUAAUUCUCGUGCUCAACAUCACUAUAGCAACUGGAAAUAUUCAUGGCCUCAUUUUUUACGCCAACAUAGUAGCUGCUAAUAAAGCAAUUUUCUUUCCUAGUUUAAACAACUUUAUAACAGUUUUCGUAUCAUGGGUGAAUCUUGACUUGGGAAUUGACACGUGCUUUUACAAUGGAAUGAACUCUCAAGGGAAAGUACUCCUUCAACUUGUCUUUCCCGCUUACUUGUUUCUUCUAAUGUUUUUUAUUAUCAUUUUAAGCAAAUAUUUUGACUCAUUUGCAAAGCUCCUCUCCAACAGGAACCCAGUUGCUGCCUUAGGCACACUCAUCCUACUCUCUUACUCCAAACUCUUACGGUUUGUCAUUGCUGCAUUGCAACACAGGGUCUUGGACUAUCCUGAUGGUAAAAGUGAUAUAGUUUGGUUGUUUGAUGGCAAUGUACAAUAUUUCGCUCGCGAUCACCUCCCUCGGUUUGUUGCUGCAGCCAUAAUCCUCUUUGCCGGUGGAUUGUUCACUGUACUGCUCUUCUUUGGACAAUGGUUUCCACGCUGUUCCAAGGUUAUGAUAUGGACCAAGAAUACAAAGUACACUGGCUUCAUGGAUGCAUACCAUGCUCCAUUUACUCCCAAACAUCGCUACUGGGUGGGACUGCUUCUCUUUGCUCUAAUUAUUCAUAAUCUAGUAGCUGCCAUGGCUCUCGACACUUACCUCCCUAUCCUAUCAGCUGGGGUUCUAUCAGUUGGACUGAUUGUCUGGAAACUACUAAAUAAUCGUUUGUACAAAAGUAAGUUUUGUGAUUCCCUCGAAACUCUCUAUCUAUUCAAUGUUUUUAUUCUUUCAUUUGGCACCUCUUAUGUCAAAGAUACAAAUAAAGAUCAGUCAGCACUAGCCAAUACUUCAAUGGCUAUAUCAUUCACCUUAUUUGUGACAACGCUCUGCUAUCACUUUUACCAAUUCGUACUCAAGAAGAGUAAUACAUGGCUGAAAAUAGAGGACACCAUAAGAAACUUAGGAGCUGGUGCUGCAGACAUGAGACUCCGACGAGCUAACAAUGCCCAGAAAAUGUAUCAGCUGGUAGCCGAUGAAAAUGAUGAAGAUGAAUUACUCGAAGCAGUAGAUGAUUAUGAACAAAGAGACGCCUUGAACCCACCUUACACUGAUGGAGCCGUGGAAGAAGCUGACCCUGAUCGUUACAUCACUCCUCCCAUCAUCAGACCAGCCACGAGGCCAGACCAGCUGAGACUAUCCUACAUGGAUGAUCUAGCCCCACUCACCACAGAGGACUACAGAAUACCAGCCCCUCCCCCCCCAAGAGUCAAUCAUCGUCCUGCUGUUACACACACAGAAAUCGGCCCCAUACGCAAUGAAGUGUGAACUGUUUUAUUUAGCUGAAGUACCUUAUCAUGUAAAUAAAAUUUGUAGGCAUUGUUAGUUCCAACAGUUACUGUCGUUAGCACUUGUUUAUGUCACUAUAGUUUAAAGAGAGAUAUGCUUUUUUGUAGAUUCUUGUAGAUUUAUUUUUUGU